UAAUGAUUAACUUCAAUGUACAGAAGUACUUUAGUGUGACAACUUCCUUGUACUUAGGUACCUACGCAAACGAUUACAGUUUAUUUCAUAACUAAUCACGCCUUAUAUAUUAUUUAGACACUAUGGAAGAAAGCAGUGCUGAGAAAAUCUCUCAAAUUGAAGAAGACCUCGCCGAAAAGGUUGAAAUAGCAGCAAGCGAGCUUAAAUUAGAAUUAAAUCAAACGAAUAAUAAUCAUUUGGUAAUUAAAAUAAUUGAAGAAACAAAUCAGAAUGAAGAAAUAUUUAAGGUAUCUGGUAGUAAUAUAACAAUCGAAAAAACUUCAAAUAUAAUGUUUUUAGACUAUCAAUCUCGUGGUAUUCGAUGUAAAUUAGUUAAAUUACUUUGCAAAAAAUCUAACUGUGACAAUUACACAGAAAUCAAAGAAAUAAAUGUAGAUCAUUCUAAUUUGAAUGAAGAAACAAAUAAUUUACUUCACAAUGUUGUUAAAAAUAAAUGUACAGACAUCUUAACGAUACUUAUAAAAUUUAUUGAUGAUAAUGAAAUAGUUCUACAACACUAUGGAUAUUACCUCAGUGAUAGAAAAAAAAUGACACCACUUCACUUUGCUUUAAAAAACGGCGAUUCAAGAGUUAUUGAAGCUUUAUUGGAUUAUCAAACAAACAUUAAUGUCAAAACUAUCAAUGGACAAACUCCCCUUCAUAUUGGAUGUAAAUAUCAAAAUUUAAAAGGAAUAAAAAAAAUUUUGGAUCUUGAUCUUCCUGUGGAUCUGAAUGCUAUUGACGACCAUAGGCAAACUGCUCUUCAUCUUGCUGCUGAAGCAAUUAAUCUAGAAAUGAUUAAAGCCUUACUCGAAAAAAAUAUAGAUGUCAACACCAAAAAUGAUCAAGGCCAAACACCACUUCAUCUAAUAAUUGAAUCAACUAAUCCAACAAAAGGAGAGAUUUCGUUAGAAAAUGGUGACAGUUUUCAAAAUUAUUCAAUGAAUUCAGAAAUUGAGUGUAUUCAAAUCUUAAUCGACAACAAAGCCAAGGUCAAUUCUACUAAUAAUUAUGGUGAAACACCUCUACAUUUAGCAACAGCAUUAAAUAACUUGAGGAUUGUUGAAUGUCUAUUGCAAAAUAAAGCAAACGCUAAUUUAAAGGAUAAUAAUGGUAGAACUCCAUUACAUAUUGGAUGUUUACGUAAAGCUAGCAUAGAAUGUAUUUCUAUUUUAAUAGAAUACUCUACUGACAUCAAAUCUACUGAUAAUAAUGGUCAGACACCACUUCAUUUAGCAUUAGAAUCAGAUAAUCUACCUGCUGCAGAAAUUUUACUGGAAAAUAACGUUAACGUUGAUUUCAAAGAUAAUAAUGGUCGGACUCCACUUCACGUUGGUUGUAAUUCUCUUGUUACGGGCAUUAAAAGUGUAGAGGUAUUGAUAAAAUACAAAGCGGAUAUCACAUCUGUUGAUAAUCUUGGUAAAGUUUCCCUUCACUAUGCAAUCGCAGCUAAUAAGCUGAAUGUAGUAGAAAUAUUAUGCGGAAACAAUGUCAAUAUUAAUGCUAAAGAUAAUAAUGGUCAGACUCCACUUCACAUUGUAAGUUCUUUACCAUCGAUAGAUGUAAAAUAUAUUGAAGUUCUACUUCGAUACAAUGCUCAUAUUGAAUCUAUUGAUCAUCUAAAUAAAACACCUCUUCAUUUAGCAGUAAGUGCAAAUAAAUUAUCUGCUGUUGAGAUAUUAUUAAAGAAUAAUGCGAAUGUUAAUGCAAAAGAUAAUGAUGGUCAAACUCCUUUACAUAUUGCAUGUCAAUCACGUGAAAUAAGUAUUGAAUGUGUACGUAUAUUGUUGAAAUAUAAUGCUGACAUAAAAGUUGCUGAUAAUCUUGGAAAAAUACCUCUUCAUUACGCUGUUGAGCAAAAUAAAUUAAAACUGAUUAAAAUCCUAUUGAAGAAGAAAGACACAGUUAAUUAUAGAGAUAAUAAUGGCCGAACCGCGUUCCAUAUUGGAUGUUUUUCUGAUCAAACUGAGUUGAAGUGCAUGAAAAUGUUGAUAAAAUAUAAAGCUAACAUCAAAUCUAUUGAUAAUUUCGGUAAAACAUCUCUGCAUUUAGCAGUGGAAGGAAAUAAACCGAAUAUUGUAAAAAAGUUGCUAAGAAAAGCUGUCAAUGCUAAUGUCAAGGAUAACGAUGGUCGAACUCCACUACAUAUUGCAUGUUUAUUACCUAAAAUAGAUAAAGAGUGUAUUUUACUUUUAUCAACAUUUAAUUCUGUUAUCAAAGCUAUUGAUGAUUCUGGAAAAACUCCUCUCCAUCUAGCUAUAGAAGCAAAUAAAUUAUUUGCUAUUGAAAUAUUAUUGCAAAAAGGAGCAAAUGUAGAUCCUAAGGAUAACGAUGGUAGAACUCCACUUCAUAUUGGAUGUCAUUUACGUGAUACUGACAUUGAAUGUAUUAAGAUACUGAUGAAUCAUAAUGCUAGUGUAAUAUUUACUGAUAAUUCUGGUAAAACAGCACUUCAUUAUGCAGUGGAGGCUAAUAGAUUAGAUAUUUAUAGAAUUCUAUUAGAAAAUAAUGCACAUGUUAAUGCUAAAGAUAACAAGAGUCGGACACCACUUCACAUUGGAUGUUCAACGUCAAAUACAGAUAUUGAAUGUAUACAAGCUUUAAUAGAUCAUGGUGCUGAUAUAAAAUCGGUUGAUAAUAAUGGCAAAACACCAUUACAUUAUGCUGUCAAAGCUAAUAAAUUACAGGCAGUGAAACUUUUAUUAGAAUAUAAUGCAGAUGUCAAUUGCAAGGAUGAUGAUGGUAAAACGCCUCUACAUUUUGGAUGUCAUCCGUGUGAUACAGAUAUAGAGUGUAUUCAAAUGUUGAUCAGUUACAAUGCUGAUGUUGGAUGUGUUGAUAAUCUUGGUAAAACACCACUUCAUUAUGCAGUAGCAGCUAAACAUUUACGUGUUGUUCAAUUAUUAUUAGAAAACAAAGCAGAGGUCAAUGUUAGAGAUAAUGAUGGUCGAACAUCAUUCCAUAUUGGAUGUUAUUUACAUGAUAAAUGUGAUGAAUUGAUUAAAAUUUUAAUGCGCUUCAAUCCUGAUAUAAAUUCUGUAGAUAAUUUUGGUAGAACACCUUUACAUUGUACAAUAGCAGCACAGAAUAUUUCAGCUGCUAGAGUUUUAUUAAAAAAUAAUGCUAAUGUCAAUGCUAAAGACAUUUAUGGUCAAACUCCAUUACAUAUUGCCACGUUCAUCCCAAAGAAAAAUGAUGAAUGUGUAAAACUGAUGUUAGAAUAUAAUGCUGAUAUUGAAUCUGCUGAUUACUUUGGGAAAACUCCAUUACAUUAUGCCAUUGGAGCCAAUAAGCCACAAGCUGCUAAAAUUUUAUUAGAAAAUAAUGCAAAUGUUAAUUCCAUAGAUAAUAAUGGCCAAACUCCACUUUCAAUUGCUACAGAUCCUUUGUUUGUAAGCAAAGCGUGCAUACGAAUUCUUCUGAAGUAUGGGGCGGAUUCUAGUUUUAUGAAUGAUUAUUGUUUAUUAAAUAACAAUUAAGAAUUUUUAUAUUUAAUCCUGAGAAAUCUGUAUCUUAACACAAUUCUUUGCUGAUGUUUAUUAUAUCUAAAGAAACUGUUUUACUAAUAAAUAAAAAAAUG